AUUGUAGACUUAAACAAUCAUGGCGGCGUCACUGGAAAACUUAGAGACGCAGCUGGAAAUGUUUAUCGAAAAUGUUAGGCAGAUAAGGAUUAUUGUUGGUGAUUUUCAACCUCAAGGACAAAAUGUGUUGAACCAAAAAAUUCAGACACUCGUGCACGGCUUGCAAGAAAUUGACAAACUGAAGGGACAGGUGCAAGAUGUCCAUGUUCCUUUAGAAGUGUUUGAUUAUAUUGAUCAAGGCAGAAAUCCACAGCUGUAUACCAAGGACUGUAUAGAAAAGGCACUAGCCAAGAAUGAACAAGUGAAAGGAAAAAUUGAUGCUUACCGUAAAUUCAAAGCACAUUUACUUUUAGAACUGAGUAAUGCAUUCCCAAAUGAAUUGGCUAAAUAUCGAGCCAUUCGGGGAGAUGAAAGACCUCUACCUUAGAUUUGUAAAACUCGUGUGCAUGUGACACCUGUGAAAGUGACAGUAAAUUUAUGAUUGUGAGUGAAAUGUUAUUUGACUGUUUUGUGUUGAAAAAUACAUGUAUAAUGUGUAACAGAAAA